AUGGAGAGUAAUGGCUGUGGGCACAUCGUGACCUACCAGGACAGUGGCACAAUGACAUCCAAGAAUUACCCAGGGACUUACCCCAAUCACACAGUUUGUGAAAAGACUAUUACAGUACCAAAGGGGAAGAGACUGAUUUUGAAGUUGGGAGAUUUGGAUAUCGAGCCCCAGACCUGUGAUUCUGGCUACCUUCUCUUCACCAGCUCCUCUGAUAAGUAUGGUCCAUAUUGUGGAAGUCGGGCAGUUCCCAGAGAAUUCUUACUGAACACAAGUGAAGUGACUGUUCGCUUUAAGAGUGGACCCCAUAUUUCUGGGCGCGGCUUUUUGCUGACCUAUGCCACCAGCGAUCAUCCAGAUUUAAUAACAUGUUUGGAACGAGGUACCCAAUAUUUGAAGGCAGAAUACAGCAUAUUCUGCCCCGCUGGCUGUAGAGACGUAGCAGGAGACAUUUCUGGGAAUGUGGCAGACGGAUACAGAGAUACCUCUUUAUUGUGCAAAGCUGCCAUCCAUGCAGGAGUAAUUGCAGAUGAACUGGGUGGCCAGAUCAGCGUGUUUCAGAGUAAAGGGUUAAGUGAAGAAAUCCUGGCCAACGGUGUGCUCUCCAGGGAUGGUUUCCUGUCAGACAAGCGAUUUCAUUUUGCUUCCAAUGAUUGUAGCAAAUCCUUGAGUCUGGAACCUAACAGGCAAAUCCGAGCUUCUUCCUCAUGGCAGUGGGUCAGUGAGGCUGGAGAACAAGUUCAUUGGUCUCCCGGUCGAGCACGGCUUCAGGAUCAAGGGCCUUCCUGGGCUUCCGGGGAUAAUAGCAGCAACCACAGGCGGCGAGAGUGGCUGGAGAUAGACUUGGGAGAGAAAAAGAAAAUAACAGGAAUUAGGACCACAGGAUCCACACAGUCAAAUUUCAACUUUUAUGUUAAGAGCUUUGUGAUGAAUUUUAAAAACAACAACUCCAAAUGGAAGACCUAUAAAGGAAUUGCAAAGAAUGAAGAAAAGGUGUUCCAAGGCAAUUCUAACUUCCAGGACCCCGUGAGGAACAAUUUCAUCCCCCCCAUCGUGGCCAGAUACGUGCGGGUCAUCCCUCAGACUUGGCACCAGAGAAUAGCCUUGAAAGUGGAGCUCAUUGGCUGCCGGAUUACACCAGGAAAUAACACCCUGCAGUGGCGCAAAACAAGCCAGACGACUGGGGUUUUCACGAGGAGAGAAGAUGAGACCCGCACCGAGCCCACCCCUUCAGAGAAAACAGCCACAGGAUUAAACGUUACAACCUUUGCUAUUCCAUUGGUGCUCCUGGUUGCCCUCGUGGCUGCUGGAAUGGGAAUCUUUGCAGUCAUCAGAAAAAAGAAGAAGAAAGAAAAUCCUUACGGGUCUCCAGAGGCUCAGAAAACAGGUUGCUGGAAGCAGAUGAAAUAUCCCUUUGCCAGACAUCAGUCAUCUGAGUUUACCAUCAGCUAUGACAACGAAAAGGAGAUGACCCAGCAGUUGGAUCUCACCACAUGUGAUGUGGCAGAUUACCAGCAGCCUCUCAUGAUUGGCACGGGGACUGUUACCAGGAAAGGGUCCACCUUCCGGCCCAUGGACACCGACGCCGAGGAGGCCGGGCUGAGUGCGGUCGCGGGCAGCCACUACGAUUGCCCACAGCACGCAGCCCGCCACCAGUACGCCCUGCCCUUGACCCACCAGGAGCCCGAGUAUGCCACGCCCAUCGUGGAGCGCCACCUGACCAGGGCCAACACCUUCUCGGCGCACGGCUACCGCGUCCCUGGCCUCGUGCCCACGCACAAACAUUCCCUUUCUUCCGGCAGCUCCUCCUCGGCGUCCGGAGGGGCAGCCCCCCAUGGCGGGGUCUACCAGAUGCCGCAGAGCGCCCCGCGUGCGGACAGGGUGUGCGUGGCCGCGGGCCUGAGCGACGGCUACUCGGCACCCCGCGACUGCCUCAGGCCCAUCCCCCAGAUGGCCGUGAACGCUCUUUUGUGAGCACCCUGUGAAAGGCACCUGCGGGCACUGAGCGUCAGACUGCUGUGCUGUGGCCACUGGAAGAAGGGGCCUGCUGGGCAUGCGCGUGCGCGUGCACCCGUGCGUGUUGGUGCACGCUUGCGUUGCGAACGUGUGAUGGAUUCGGAUCCUGCGGUGGAGUCCCGGAGACGACCCCCUACUGUUUACAAAACCGAGCAGCUGAUCUUGUUCCAGCCCUUAGGGCAAUCAUCGGUUCUCGCCGGGCUAGAAAAAUGAAAAUGUUUCAUUUCGCUAACUGUGAUACUGAGCUGCUUUGGUGUAAAAUGUGCAAUCUGUACAGAGUCGUAUUUAACAAGAAUUAAAAUAACUUAAGUUUGCCUUAUAAGACCUGAGUCCUGCACAGAGGGAAGUGGGCGAAGGCAGCGGGGCCAAGGCCCAGCUGAGAGCCCGUUCACGGAGGUUCACGGAGAAGACGCCUUUUGUCCGACACUGUUCGCAGCAGGACUGUGUAAACGGAGCCUGUUGGGUUGUGGUUCAUCUGUUUUCCUCUGAUAGAGAGAACUAAGAGCAUUUUUAACAUUCUUCUCCUGGGAGAAAGGGAAUUACUUGAAGCAUGAAAAGCACACCAGGGUGGUUGUUUAGCAAUUGUGUUUGUAGAUUGUUAAAAAAAUAAAAUUAAAAGGCAUGUUAGCCGCUGCCCAAAGGGAAUGAGAGGUAGUCUGUCAGCGUGGACGCAGAGAGGCAGGUCUGUCUCCUGCAGGGACUGUCGUGCCCCAGCUUGUGGGAAAGGUGACCCUUUCGUCGUGCUGUGCUUCUUUCUCGCCUCAGGCCUGGCUGACACGGCCGCCUUCUUCACCUUCUCCUCUGCCGUGGCAAAUCUGUCCAUAAAGCUAAGUGCUGGAGUUGACAGCAUCCCCUGCUCUUCUAACACAGUGCAAUGCCGAAGGCACAGUAGUUACAGUCUGAAAUACUUGGGGGGCGGGGGAGGGUGUGUCCAUCAGAACAUUCUAGGGACUUUCACAGGAGCCCUGGUGGUAUAAUGGUUAUGCGUUGGUCUGUGAUCCCCAUGGUCGGCAAUUCAAAACUACAAGCAGCCGCAUCGGGAGAAAACCUGGGCCGUCUACUCCAGUAAACAGCGUCGUGGAAGCCCACAGGGGAGUCGCCCACUCAAGGGCAGUGAGUUUGGUUUUUGGAGUGACUUCCAUGGUUCUCCUGAAAGGAGGUGGAUGGGGAGGGGGUGUUACUUGCAGCGUGCUCUUACAAAAUGACCAAGACCAAAUCUAAAUGGUGCUUUUCUUCUGAGAUGGAGAGGAACAGGACUUGGGUUUUAAGAAACAAUUUCUCUGCAGACUAUGUCUCUGUAAUUCUAGAUCUGGCCAGGCCUCUGAUGUACCUCAUGUUCAGUGAUUUUUAAUUUUUUUUUUUUUUACUUUGAACUUGUUUUGUAAGUUAACAGUUGGGGUGGAGCAGGGGGGUUAACCUCUUUUGCCAAAGAGGAGAAUUGUUGCUUUGGUAACAGAAAAUAUUGACCAAAAAGAUCUUUAUCAUUGAAGAGUUGUACUAUAAUCUCCUUAUGUGAUUAUCCCUUUCUGUGAAAUGUAGAAAUGUAUCAGUAGUGAGGCAGAUCAUCUGCCAGCCAUCACGGAGGACGACCUGUUUCCUUUGUGGUAUUUAUGUGGUUUUCCGAGAGUAUUGAUUGCAAUAAACGAUGCCAAAUCCAA